GUUGUACUGAUAAUUUUACAGUGUUGUUUAGUUGAAUUUGGUAAUCAAAGUUUGGAUGGCAAUAUUGACACAUCAACUCCGUUACCUAAUUUAUGAGGUAGGCCUAUUGUAAUGGCAAAAAAUAACAAUAAUGGAAAUGCCAAGCGGCCUAGGAAAGAUGACACGAACAAAAAGAAGAGGGAAAGCAUGCAAAGACUACGACAAUGUAUAAAAAAUGACCCCGCUUUGUAUGAAGAAGCUAAAAGGAAGGAAAGGGAACGCUACCAUGCUAGAAAAAAAGCUGGACAGAUAAAAUCCAUUAAGGAAAUGAAUAACCGUGACCAGAGGAAGAAAAGAAAAAUGUGGAGAACAAGCAGUAAAAAGACCUAUGACCAGAAGAAAAAAAAUUCAGAAUUAACAAAACUUUUAGACGAAAACUCUCCUCCUCCUUCUCCAUUGGAAAACCUUCCUGAAGUAAAUAAUGAUAGGGAAAGAAUGAACAGACACAGGAGGAGAAGGAAUACAAGAAAAUUGAAAACCAAAAUUAAGGAACUGGAAGAAAGUUUAAAAAAGGCCAAACAAACUGCUGAAAAGUACAAGAAAAGGGCACAUCGGCUUCAAAAAAUUAAAAAAGAUACUCCAAUAAAGAACGUGGAAGAGCUUACCAAGGGUCUAACUGUUUCACCAGGAAUUAAAAAAAAGUUAUUGUUUGGAGAGGUAUUAACAAAGCAAAUCAGAGAAAAUUUUAAAGACAAGGAUAAAUACAGAAAGGUUGUCACAAGUGUAGCUGGUAAAGUGGUAAAAAGAUACCGAUUCAUGACUGAACUGAGUAAAACAUUAUCAUUUAAAAUGGUAAGACAUGCAAUGGUACCGUCUACCAGAAAUGAAAGCUUAAACAAAAUAAAGCGUUCUCAAGUCAUUUCAAACUGUGUUAAGACUUUUUUGGAAAAAGAUGAGCAUAGUAGAAUGUGCCCUGGGGCUAAAGACACCAUCACACGAAAGAAAGAUAAGCGGCAAAAGAGGUAUCUCAAUGAUACAAUGUUGAAUCUGUAUAAAAUAUUUUCAACUGAACAUUCACAUCUUAAACUAAGUUAUGCUUCAUUUUGUAAACUGCGGCCCUUUUGGAUUGUUAUGCCAAAAGUUACUGAUCGGGAUACCUGUCUAUGCACUGUCCAUGAAAACAUGAACUUGUUACAUGUUAUGAUAACAAAUUUGAAAGAACAACUUACGUUCAACCAAGUCCUAAUACACAUGGAUUUUUCCGAGAACUACGGGUGCAAAUACGAGGCAGGUCACGGUAAAGGAGCCCCUGAUGGAAUUGGAGGCUGCAUCAAACGAUCUGCCGACUCACUUGUCGCUCAGGGGAAGGACAUAUCAAAUUUUGAUAGUUUUGUCCUUGAGGUUAAGGAAGUUUGUCCUGGAAUCCAGAUCAUUCCAAUUGAUGAAGAUUCCAUCACCCUUUAUGAAAAGAUUCCAACACUAGAUGCUUUUAAAGGAACAUUGAAAGUUCACCAUAUAAUAUGGUCUGAGCCUCAUGAAUACUUACAGGCAAGGUCUUUGACAUGUUUGAAAUGCAGACCAGACAUUACCUGUACACAUUACGAUCUUGGCAAGAUCUAUCUACCUUCAACAGAAUCAGAUAACAACAAAGAACUUCAGACAGUUGACAGCUUGGAUGCACAACUUGAGGAUUCAAGUGACGCCUGGGACUUACCAAAAAGUGGUACUACUCAACGUAAACGAAUCAAAUACAAAGAUGUUUACUCCGACAGUGAGGACGAUGCUGAUUUCAAUGUCGGACGUAAUGACUAUGUACUAGUGAAGCUGAGUGGCAAGAAAAGUGUUAAGCAUUAUGUUGCUGUAGUAACAGCAAAGUUAAGUGAUGAGUUAGAAGUGAAAUUCAUGAAAAACAAUGGAUUCAACAUUUUUGUUUUCCCACCUGUUGAAGAUUGUUCUUUCAUUAAUAUUGAAGAUGUUGUCGGUGUUCUGGGACAGCCUCGUGUGGACAACAGGGAAAGAUAUUCAUUUGAAAAUAUUGGCAAAUAUAGUUCAAUUAAAAUAUACUAGAAACAGAAAGUUAAAAAUGAAAAAAAAUGUUACACGUGUACU